ACAGCGACAAACGAAGAGAGUAGUGAAGUUGCAUUGGCCGUCACCGUAGGGCAUAGGUGAAUUUGUGUGAUAAUACGUACGGUGGUUUGAGGAGUGGUUUUCAGUUCUCUUAAUUUUUUUAAAUCUAUUAUUUUAGUUGUAAUUUUAUUUUAACAAAUUAAUUUCUCACAAUGGCUCAAGUAGCUCCUACUAUUGAUAAUCCUAUUUACGCUCCGUUUUUCGGUGUUAUGGGUGCGGCUUCGGCUAUAGUUCUUAGUGCCCUAGGAGCAGCUUAUGGAACAGCAAAGUCGGGUACAGGUAUUGCCGCUAUGUCGGUGAUGAGGCCAGAGUUGAUCAUGAAAUCGAUUAUUCCUGUAGUCAUGGCUGGUAUUAUUGCUAUUUACGGAUUGGUUGUGGCUGUUUUAAUAGCUGGCGCACUAGAAGGACCUGAAAAGUACUCAUUGUAUAGAGGAUUUUUACAUUUGGGUGCCGGUUUAGCUGUCGGAUUCAGCGGGUUAGCCGCUGGUUUCGCUAUAGGCAUUGUCGGCGAUGCUGGUGUGCGAGGAACUGCCCAACAACCUCGUCUAUUCGUAGGAAUGAUUUUGAUUUUAAUUUUCGCCGAAGUAUUGGGUUUAUACGGUUUAAUCGUUGCCAUCUACAUGUAUACAAAGUGAAUUGUAUACGUAAAAAAAUAUGCAGAUCAAUCCUUUGAUUUAAAUGUUCUACGAAUAUCAUGUUCAUCCGUUAUUUUUUUUUAAUCAUUCUAAAACCAUUCUUGAAAAGUGAUCGUUAGUGUCUAAUGUAGUUAUUUAAUUAAUCGUUACUUUUUUUAUUCUUUUUUCCUUCGUUUUUCGUGUUUAAGUUGCAUGCAUCUUCUAACGUACAAUUUUUACAAUUUUGCAUUAGCUUGAUUCUUGAACUGAAUUUUCCAACUUUCGAUGUAUAAAUGCCGUUGUUUCAUUCCACGAAGGUUGAUAUUUUUUGUACGUUUUUAUUUUGUUAAAUUGGCGGUCUUCUUGAAAUUUCAAAACAAUUCGAAGCGACGUUUUUUUUUUGUUUUCGAUAAAUUUACGCUAUACAUUUAUGCUGCAUAUUGCUUUUCAAAACGCGCGUACUUAAUGAAAAUCAAAAGCUGUGAAAUAUCGAUGGUUGAAAGAGAAAAAAAAUCUGAAAAAAGGGUUUCGUUUCAAACCAUUGCCGCUUGUUCGUCAAAUUAUACUUCGUUGUUAUACGUACGGUUCAGUUUGAACGCUAAAUCUCUAUAUCAUUUCUGUAACCCACCUUUUUCAAUGCAGCAGACAGUUCAAGUAUUAAACGAAAUGUAUCAUAGAGUUUGUUGAAAGUCUAUUUUAAGAAUUAGUUUUAUUCGGUAGUUACACGUCAAGUCCAGCUUCAGGAAGAUAUUUUAAUUUCGCUAUUUACCUCAUUCGUUUUCUUCGUAUCAACGCAUUUCAUAUUUAAAUUAUACUACCGUUUUACUUAAUAACGAAUAGUGAAUGUGUGAAUAUACGUGUUUAACUUAACUUUGUUAAUGCGAUUUACAUUCCAUGUAAGUAGUCUGGUUAUACUUUAUUUGUAAAUUUGAAUUGCACAAUGAAAUUGUAAACAUAAAAAAUAAAUCGUAAGAAUGUCGAUUUGUAAGUAUGAUGAAUGGCAUUGUUUUGAAGCUAAUAAGUUGUUUAGCACAUUACAUUGAUUUUUCUGUGAUCAUAGAGAAUGUACCAUUUACAACUUUUAUCUUAAAACAAUGAUCAUCAUUAUCAUUAUCUUUUAAAUAUAGUUUUUUGAUUUUAUUUUAUGUAUUUUAAUUUUUCGUUUAUUUAUAUACGAGUAGAAUAUUAUUUCAAAUGCCGUACCAUAAACUUAUAAGUUACCUUUAGUACAAAAAAUAAUGGAAAAUUUCAUUUUUUGGCAUUUCAUAUAAAUUUUAUCAGUUUGCGAAAAUAAACUUUUGAAAGUACUGAUUUUGUUAUGGUACCGUAAUAUAAAGUGAAUUUACAUAUAAUUUUGUGUAUCGAAUUUUACCAAAACAUCAACAUUUUUACCGAUGAAAAAUCUAUUUUUAUUUCGUGAAUGUAUCUUUUUUUGUAUCGUUUAGAUUUACUUUUAUGAUUAAUCUCAAGUUCAUUCUUUUAUUGGCCUACGUAACGUUAUUUAGUUGAAAUUUUUCAUGUCCUUUUGCACCUCAUCCAUGAUUGUAUAUAUUAUGCAGUUAUCUGAAACUCUGUUCAGAAAUCCUCUACUGUAAAAUCGUCUCGAGUAAUCGAAAUAAUUACGAAGGAACAAUACACUUGUAUAUUUUUCAGCAAAUCAAUUGCAAACAUGUAUUUGAUAUCAGUUUAUGAAUUAUAAUUAUCAAACCAGUCGCCAGUAUAUCUGUAAAUAUUUAUUAAGAUAGGUACUUACAUUAGUAGCAGCAUUUUAUUAGUUAUAUUGUUCCUGAUAUUCUUUACCUAUAUAAAAUCCGCUUGAGAUACGUGUAUCAUAAUUCCUAGAGAAAUAAAAGUAUAUAACGAAA